UCAGCGAGUUCAAUGUCUCAUUAUAUAAAUUUCUGGAGAGAGAAAGUUUUAGAGAAAGAGAGAGAGUAAUACCAGUCCAUUUCUAGAGAGAGAAAGCUUCUCAUCUCUUAGCUCUCUGUGUUCCGUCUGUUGUUUGUGUUCUUCGGUUCUCAAAGAUCUAGUGGUGUUUUUGGUGAUUUUCGUGCGUUUGGAAUCGAAGAAGACGGGGCGGCUACUAUGUCGUCGCUUAGUAGAGAGCUUGUGUUCUUGAUCUUACAAUUCCUAGAUGAGGAAAAGUUCAAAGAGACUGUUCACAAGCUUGAACAGGAAUCUGGGUUUUUCUUUAAUAUGAAAUAUUUUGAGGAUGAGGUGCAUAAUGGGAAUUGGGAUGAGGUUGAGAAGUACCUUUCUGGAUUCACAAAAGUGGAUGACAAUCGGUAUUCGAUGAAAAUCUUUUUUGAGAUAAGGAAGCAGAAGUAUCUUGAGGCAUUGGAUAAGCACGACCGUUCCAAGGCUGUGGAUAUAUUAGUAAAGGAUCUGAAAGUUUUUGCCACAUUUAAUGAAGAGCUUUUCAAGGAAAUCACGCAGCUCUUGACAUUGGAGAAUUUUAGGGAGAAUGAGCAACUUUCCAAGUAUGGAGAUACCAAAUCUGCAAGAGCAAUCAUGUUGGUGGAGCUCAAGAAGCUGAUUGAAGCAAAUCCUUUAUUCCGUGAUAAAUUGCAAUUCCCCAACCUAAAAAAUUCAAGGUUACGGACUCUCAUCAACCAAAGCUUGAAUUGGCAGCAUCAACUAUGUAAAAACCCGAGACCAAAUCCAGAUAUAAAAACUCUAUUUGUGGAUCACACUUGUGGACAACCAAAUGGUGCACGAGCUCCAUCACCUGCAAACAAUCCACUGCUUGGAUCCUUACCAAAAGCUGGGGGUUUCCCUAACCUAGGUGCACAUGGGCCUUUUCAACCUACACCAGCACCAGUACCAGCACCCCUUGCAGGUUGGAUGUCCAAUCCUUCCACUGUAACUCAUCCGGCGGUUUCUGGAGGAGGAGCUAUUGGUCUCGGUGCUCCAUCAAUUCCUGCUGCUUUGAAACGUCCAAGGACUCCUCCCACUAACCCUUCUGUAGACUACCCAUCUGGGGAUUCUGAUCAUGUUUCUAAACGAACAAGAUCAAUGGGGAUUUCUGAUGAGGUAAAUCUCCCUGUUAAUGUGUUGCCAGUAACAUUUCCGGGUCAUGGUCAUGGUCAGGCUUUUAAUGCACCUGAUGACUUGCCAAAGACUGUCUUGCGGACUUUAAAUCAAGGAUCAUCUCCCAUGAGCAUGGAUUUUCAUCCUGCUCAACAAACUCUGCUUCUUGUUGGUACGAAUGUUGGGGACAUAGGGUUGUGGGAAGUUGGAUCUAGAGAACGAUUGGUUUUGAAGAACUUCAAAGUUUGGGAUCUUAGUGCAUGUUCCAUGACUUUGCAGACAGCUCUAGUUAAAGAUCCUGGUGUAUCUGUUAACCGUGUGAUUUGGAGCCCUGAUGGUUCUUUAUUUGGAGUUGCAUACUCCAGGCACAUUGUUCAAAUAUAUUCUUAUCAUGGGAAUGAUGAUGUACGGCCGCAUAAGGAGAUUGAUGCUCAUGUUGGUGGAGUAAAUGAUAUUGCAUUUUCACACCCAAAUAAGCUACUUUGUGUGAUAACCUGUGGUGAUGAUAAGACCAUCAAGGUGUGGGAUGCUAAUAAUGGUGUAAAGCAAUAUACCUUUGAAGGUCAUGAGGCUCCUGUUUAUUCUGUCUGUCCUCACUAUAAGGAAAACAUUCAGUUUAUAUUUUCAACAGCACUGGAUGGAAAGAUAAAAGCAUGGUUGUAUGACAACUUGGGAUCUCGAGUUGAUUAUGAUGCUCCUGGUCGCUGGUGCACAACAAUGGCUUAUAGUGCCGAUGGUACAAGGCUCUUUUCAUGUGGGACAAGUAAAGAAGGGGAAUCAUUUAUUGUUGAAUGGAAUGAAAGUGAAGGGGCUGUUAAAAGGACCUAUCAUGGAUUCCGUAAGCGUUCUUCCGGUGUUGUGCAAUUUGAUACAACUAAGAACCGAUAUUUGGCUGCUGGGGAUGAUUUCUCUAUCAAAUUCUGGGAUAUGGACAAUGUUCAACUUUUGACAACUGUUGAGGCCGAUGGAGGCAUCCCGGCAAGCCCACGAAUCCGGUUCAACAAGGAUGGCACUCUCUUGGCUGUUUCUGCCAAUGAGAAUGGAAUUAAAAUUUUAGCAAAUACGGAUGGUAUUAGGCUAUUACGCACAUAUGAAAAUCUUUCUUAUGAUGCAUCAAGAACAUCAGAAGCUGUGACAAAGCCAACAAUAAACCCAAUUUCAGCUGCUGCAGCAGCGGCAGCAGCGGCUGCUGCUACUAGUGCUGGAUUUGCAGAUAGAGUUGCCCCUAUGGUUUCUAUUGCUGGCAUGAAUGGGGAUGCUCGGAACUUGGGGGAUGUGAAACCUAGAAUAACAGAAGAAUCAAACGACAAAUCCAAGAUUUGGAAGCUCACUGAAAUCAAUGAACAAUCUCAAUGCCGAUCCUUGAGGCUGCCUGAAAACCUAAGAGUAACCAAGAUAUCGAGGUUAAUCUAUACGAAUUCAGGUAAUGCCGUUUUGGCAUUAGCAUCAAAUGCCAUUCAUCUGCUCUGGAAAUGGCAGCGAAGUGAUCGUAAUUCUUCUGGCAAGGCAACUGCCAGCGUGUCACCUCAAUUAUGGCAACCGCCUAGUGGCAUUCUAAUGACCAAUGAUGUUGCUGACACUAGCCCUGAAGAGGCUGUUCCCUGCUUUGCUUUGUCCAAGAAUGAUUCUUAUGUAAUGUCAGCAUCUGGAGGAAAGAUUUCCUUGUUCAAUAUGAUGACAUUUAAGACAAUGACAACUUUCAUGCCGCCACCACCUGCAGCAACAUUUCUUGCUUUCCAUCCACAAGAUAACAACAUUAUCGCCAUUGGCAUGGAUGAUUCCACAAUUCAGAUAUAUAACGUUCGCGUAGAUGAAGUUAAGAGCAAGCUUAAAGGACACUCUAAAAGAAUAACUGGCCUUGCCUUUUCUCAUUUACUGAAUGUGUUAGUUUCAUCUGGAGCGGAUGCUCAGCUUUGUGUAUGGAAAUCUGAUGGAUGGGAAAAGCAGAAGACCAGAUACUUGCAACUUCCAGCUGGAAGGACUCCAGCACAGUCAGACACACGCGUACAGUUCCAUCAGGACCAGACUGUCUUUCUGGUUGUACAUGAAACUCAGCUUGCCAUAUAUGAAACAACAAAACUGGAAUGUGUAAAGCAGUGGGUCUCACGUGAAUCUGCCCCCAUCUCUCAUGCAACAUUCUCAUGUGAUAGCCAGUUGGUAUAUGCCAGCUUCCUAGAUGCAACAGUCGCUGUAUUUAGUGCUGCCAAUCUCAGACUACGUUGUCGAAUCAAUCCUUCUGCUUAUCUUCCUGCUAGCGUGAGCUCUAAUGUACAACCGCUCGUGAUUGCGGCGCAUCCACAAGAACCAAAUCAAUUUGCAUUAGGGCUUUCGGAUGGAGGGGUUCAUGUCUUUGAGCCCCUUGAAUCUGAAGGCAAAUGGGGUUUGCCUCCACCGGUUGAGAAUGGGUCAGCGAGCAGUGUGUCAGCUUCUCCUUCAGUUGGAGCUUCAGGUUCAGAGCAACCCCAGAGAUGAUCAAACAGCUGCCAGUGACAAGUUCUUUUACAUGCUUGCUUGCUGGCCCAUCUCAAAUCUAGUUUGCGGUUGAUGACAUGUAAUUUACUCAAGGAUGGACACUGCAAAAUAUGUAGAUUUGACAUGUUUAAUCAAAUUCUGAGGUAAAUGCUGUAGGAGUAUUAACAAUUGAAUGCCAUUUACUUUUGGGAAGGAAAUUCUUCGAAAAAGAAUUUAUGUU